CGGGAGGUAUAGCGGCUGCUUAGGUCAACUUCUAGUGUAGCAGAACUGUGGUAUUUGUUGUCAUGGCGGUGGUGGAGACACCAUCCCCAGACUGGGAUUUUGACCGCUUUGAUGACGGCUCUCAGCAAAUCCAUGCUGAAGUGCAGCUGAAGAACUAUGGGAAAUUUCUGGAGGAGUACACUUCACAGCUGAAACACAUUCAGGAUGCCUUAGAUGAUUCUUUAGGAGAUGUCUGGGACUUCACAUUGGAUCCCAUAGCACUGAUGCUUCUGCCGUAUGAACAAGCCUCCCUUCUGGAACUUAUCAAGACUGAAAAUAAGGUCCUGAAUAAAGUUGUCACAGUGUACGCAGCACUGUGUUGUGAAAUAAAGAAGUUAAAGUAUGAGGCCGAGAAAAAGUUUUACAAUGGACUUCUGUUUUAUGGAGAAGGAGCAACUGAGUCAAGCAUGUUGGAAGGUGACUGUCAGAUACAGAUGGGGAGAUAUGUUUGUUUCUUACAGGAGUUAUCCUGUUUUGUGACAAGGUGCUACGAGGUGGUGUUGAACACUGUGCAUCAGUUGGCUGCUGUUUAUACCAGCAACAGAGCUGCAUCCAAAAUUAUAGAAACAUCCGGUGUUCAUUUCCAGGUGAGGCAACAAUUUUUGUUGGUGUAUGAGUAUCUGGGGAUCCUCCUCAGAACCAUCCUCAAAAUUGAGGAAAUCAUACGUAGACAUGCCUGGCUCAAGGACCACUGGUCACUCUGGAAGAGGUUGCUAAAGUCCGUUCAUCACAACCCUUCAAAGUUUGGAAUUCAGGAAGAUAAACUGAAGCCCUUUGAGAAAUUACUGCUAAAGCUAGAAAGUCAGUUGCUUGAUGGAAUGAUAUUUCAGGGUUGUGUAGAGCAGCAGUUUGACACAAUGAAUGGUGGAAUUCCAGUAUCCAAGAACAGUGCUUUUGCAGAAGAGUUUGCACAUAAUAUUCGCACAAUUUUUAGCAAUGUGGAAGCUAAAUUGGGUGAACCAUCUGAAAUUGAUCAGAGAGACAAGUACGUUGGUGUGUGUGCACUUUACGUAUUGCACUAUCAGAUAUUUAGAACUGCAGACAAAAAGUUGUUCAAGACUCUGUUAGAUGUUUGCAAGAAGGUACCUGCUAUCACAUUAACGGCCAAUAUUGUUUGGUUUGCGGAUAUGUUCCUGAACAGCAAAGUACCUGCUGUAGCAAAGCUGCUGGACAAAAAGAGCUUUGCUGCAGUUAAAGCACAGAGGGAGAGUUUUCUACAGCAAAAGAUUCAAACUCUCACCAGGGACGUACAGUCUUAUUAUGUUAUUGUGAAUUCCUGGAUGAUGAAGAUAGAGUCUGUUUUGUCUAAAGAACAGCAAACAGAAAAAUUUCCAGAAGACCUCAUCAACAGAUGUAAUAUUUUUAUACAGGGUAUUCUUUAUGCAUAUAGCCUCAGCACAGUAAUCAAAACUACAAUGAACCUCUUCAUGUUCAUGCAAAAGGCCAUGACAAAGACAUCUGUAAAGGCAUUAUGUAGACUUGUGGAGCUGUUGAAGGCCAUAGAGCAUACAUUCCAUCGAAGAACGAUGGUCGUUGCAGAUUCUGUUUCACACAUUUCACAGAAUUUACAGUUCCAGGCUCUAAAUGCAAUUGCUACUGCUAAGAAACGAGUGAUUUCUGACAAGAAGUACAGUGAGCAGCGCCUAGAUGUUUUGUCUGCCCUGGUCAUGGCUGAAAAUGCACUUAAUGGUCCCAGCACCAAAGAGAGAAGGCUCAUUGUGUCCCUAGCCCUAAGCGUUGGAACCCAGAUGAAAACCUUUAAAGAUGAAGAAUUGCAACUACUCCAGGUGGUUCUCAGAAAGCUGGACUUGAUUGGAGAGCUGAAAGAAAGAGUCCGGCUACAGUGCAACUGUAGCUUUUUGUAUUGGCAUCGUGCUGUCUUUCCUAUUUAUUUAGAUGACGUAUUUGAAAAUGCCAUUGAUGCAGCCCGAAUGCAUUACAUGUUCAGCGCUUUGAGAGACUGUGUUUCAUUUAUGGCAUAUGCGAGGCAUCUACAGUCUUCAGAGUUGCUUCUGGAAUCAUAUGACAAAGAAAUCAUGGAAGUAUUUCAUGAACAUUUGCUUGACAAGCUUUGCAAAGAAAUUGAAAAAGACCUACGUUUGUCGGUGCACACUCACUUGAAGCUGGAUGACAGAAAUCCGUUCAAAGUUGGCAUGAAAGACCUGGCACACUUUUUGUCCUUGAAACCAAUACGAUUCUUCAACAGACUUCUCGACAUCAAAGCUUAUGUAACACAUUACCUGGACAAGACUUUCUAUAAUUUGACAACAGUAGCUCUUCAUGACUGGGCUACAUAUAGUGAAAUGAGGAACUUGGCUGCUCAACGCUAUGGACUGAAGAUGGCUGAAGCCCACCUUCCAAGUCAGACCUUAGAACAGGGUGUCGAUGUUCUUGAGAUUAUGAGAAAUAUUCAUGUUUUUGUAUCACGUUAUCUCUACAAUCUUAAUAACCAGAUAUUUGUUGAAAAGACUAGUAACAACAAGCAUUUAAACACCAUCAACAUUCGACAUAUUGCAAAUUCAAUUCGCACUCAUGGUACAGGCAUCAUGAAUACGACAGUCAACUUCACAUUCCAGUUCUUAAGGAAGAAGUUUUAUAUCUUUAGUCAGUUUAUGUAUGAUGAACACAUAAAGUCAAGACUAAUCAAAGACAUCCGCUUCUUUAGAGAAACAAAAGAUCAAAAUGAUCAGAAGUAUCCUUUUGACAGAGCUGAAAAAUUCAACCGGGGCAUCAGAAAGCUAGGCAUAACACCUGAAGGGCUCAGCUACCUCGACCAGUUCAGACAGCUCAUCAGCCAAAUAGGAAAUGCUAUGGGCUACGUGCGAAUGAUCCGAUCAGGUGGGCUUCACUGCUGUAGUAAUGCUAUAAGGUUUGUUCCAGAUAUUGAAGACAUUGUAAAUUUUGAGGAGUUAGUGAAAGAGGAGAAUCUUUCAGAAGAAACUCAGAAUGCAGCUAGACAGUUGGAUCUUGUUCUAAGUGACCUCACUCGGAAUUCUGCAGAAGGUACAGAGUAUUUCAAAAUGCUAGUGGAUGUGUUCUCACCUGAAUUUCGAAGUCCAAAGAACAUGCAUCUGCGCAAUUUUUAUAUUAUUGUACCACCCCUGACACUGAAUUUUGUGGAGCAUUCCAUCAGCUGUAAGGAAAAGCUGAAUAAGAAAAACAAAGUUGGUGCUGCUUUUACAGAUGACGGAUUUGCCAUGGGUGUGGCAUACAUCCUUAAACUGUUGGAUCAGUACCAGGAGUUUGAUUCACUGCACUGGUUCCAGUCAGUCCAAGAGAAGUACAUGAAGGAAAAGAAAGCUGUUGUAAAGCAGCAAAAUGUGCAGUCAACCAAUCAGGAUGAAAAGCUGAUGCAAACCAUGAACCUAACGCAGAAACGAUUGGAUAUAUAUUUACAGGAAUUUGAGCUGCUUUAUUUUUCACUAAGCAGUGCAAGAAUUUUCUUUCGGGCAGACAAAACUGCAGCAGAAGAAAGCCUGGAAAAGAAGGAAAAAGAAGAAGAAACUGCUAAGACAAAUAAUGGUGCUCUGUCAAGCAACACCUUAACGGAUUCUGGUAUGAAAUGACUGCCAUCAUUGGACUGGAUCAGAUCAACAUCACCACAGCUGUCCUGCUUGAUUUUUGCUCUUGAUGAUUCUGUAACAUUCAUUCUAAUGCACAAGUGCUUGAUUCUCUUUAAAAAAUGAUUACAUAAAACUGAUUCUUAUAUUCAAGUGCUUGAUUUUGUGUCCAGCCACUCCUGUUAUUAUCUCAACAGCACUGUCUGGUUGCACAUAGCUUUUGAAAACUGAUCACUGUGACAGACGUAAUCUCCUCAUUAUUUUGCACUUUCUUUUCUUAAACCAUUUUUUUCCAAAUUGUUGACAUCUUGGCACCUGUUUUUCAAAUUUGUACAGGCCUUGCCUAAAUUCAUCCAUAUCUUUGGCAUUCUUUUUUUAUUGUUCUGUGCUCCAUGCUGCCUAUAUUUGCUCCUGACUGGAAGAGAUAACACUUCAUCCCCCUGCCUGCUGAACAGUACAUAAUGUGUAAUAUGCAUAUGUAAUCACACAAAGCCUGAUAAUUGUGCAGCAGUAUUAGAUUAUUUUGUUCUGUUAGUUUUAAUUUUUGAGUUGCCCACCCUCCCAAACAAGGAUUUUUUCAGCUUAUCCUGACUCCCCAUGUUUUGAACAGUAUGCAGUUUUGCUUGUGCUACAUCAGUGUAUUAUAUAAUUUUUGAAGUCAGCAUGUACUAAAAUAAUAUACUACACUUUUUUAAUUAGCACUUUUGAAUGAGUAAUUUUGUUGCAGCACUCAGUAUAACUAGUGUGUAUGCUAACAAUUACAAGAACCUGGUGUAUAUACAACUUUUAUCGCAUUGAAAACGAGCAUUUUUAAGCUGGUAUGUUAUGUUUGUGCCACAAUGUUGCAAAUUAUUCAUGCUAAGACUGCCUAAAAUCAGUUGACAGUAAAAUUUGUCCAUUACAAAUCAGAUGAUUACUACAUUGUAAAUUACCAUAAUUCUGGAGUAACUUGUUAAUAUUUUUACUUUAUACCUGAUUUCUGUAAUAGACAUCAUGUCUGUAUCACUGAAAAUGUGAAUGUAUCUGUUUUAUUUUAGCCACAGUUAACGAAACAUCUUCCAUCAGUAAUGUGCAAAGUAACAAUGGAGGUGCCAGAAGUGCUCCUCCCACUGCUUCACCUCUGCCUCCUGUUGCCCUUCCUUUGCCUCCCUCACCUCUGCCUCCUUCAUUUUGAACUUUGAGGAUACAGGUGAAAGUCUUUUACUGGAAUUGUAACAAAACCAGUCACAAUGGUAGCACAUGUGCCUAAGCUGUAAAAAGAAACUUAGUAAUAGAAAUAUUGGUUUCAUAUUUUUAACUAUGACAGACAAGCAUGAUUGAGAUGAUGUGGUUACAAAUGGUUUAGAAUGGACAGUAUUUUGUAAAUUCUAACAAUAUACAUGAAAUACAGAUUAUUACUUUCUGACUUUGUUUAGGACAAGAGUUAGUAGAUAGUAUACUGCUUUCUUUUGAAAUAUAUGUAUAGCUUAUAAAUUAACUGUGUAAAAUGCUCAGGAUUAAUGGACCAAAUGUAUGUUCAUAUUGUGUAAUUUCUAACUUGGUUUUGUAAAAAAAAAAAAAGAAAGAAAGAAACCAUAUAACUGCGUUAUGUUCUUAUUCAUUGUAAAUAUAAAUUGAUAGUGUUAAUAAAUACAUCAAGAAAUUA